UUGAUCCGCAAGCCGUCGCGGGACCCCAUGGCGUAUCCCCCCGGCUAUGGGGGGCCAGGCUCCAAGCACAGGGCCAGAGGCCCCAUCGUCCCGCAGAACGCCAAUGCCCCCCAGCUCUUCGACGACACCAGCUCGGCUUAUGGACCCCAGCAAGGGGGUUACCCCACGCCAGGGAUCGAUAUGGGCUUCAACCAGAUUUUUGCCGAUCCUGUGGCCAACGUCGCCAUGGCCUACGGCUCCAGCAUCGCAUCUCAGGGCAAAGAGAUUGUGCACAAGGAGAUUGACCGGUUCAUGUCGCUCAACAAGUUGAAGUAUUUCUUUGCGGUGGAUACAACCUACGUCAUGAAGAAACUGGCGCUGCUGGUGUUUCCUUACGUACAUCAGAACUGGGAAGUCCGCUACCACCGGGACGUGCCCCUCCCACCCCGACAGGACGUGAACGCCCCUGAUCUUUACAUCCCAAGCAUGGCCUUUAUUACCUAUAUUCUGCUGGCUGGAAUGGCUCUUGGCCUGCAAAAAAGGUUCUCCCCAGAGGUCCUGGGCAUCUGCGCCAGCACGGCCUUCGUGUGGGUGGUGAUCGAAGUCCUGGCCCUCCUGCUGGGCUUGUACCUCGUCACGGUUCAGAGCGACCUUGGCACGUUCGACUUGCUCGCUUACUGCGGCUACAAAUAUGUCGGGAUGAUCCUUGCCGUGGUUGGCGGCCUAAUGUUCGGAAGCAACGGCUAUUACAUCGCCUUGGGGUGGGCCUCGUGUGCUCUUAUGUAUUUCAUGGUCCGCUCCUUACGGAUGAAGAUCCUCCCGUCGGUGGUGCAGGAGGGGCUCAGCCGGCCGAGCGGGAGGGCUCAGAUGUACAUCACGCUGGCGGCCGCGGCCUUCCAACCACUCAUGCUCUACUGGCUGACGGUGCAGUUGGUGCAUUGAGCGGGGCAGGGGAGAGGCG